AUGUUAGGAGCAAGUAGUAGUGAAGAAGAAGAUGACGAUUUCCAGGAUGAUCACGAAUCGCAGCUGCCGAUUGCGCAGGUCAAAAAGCGAUCGUUGCUCUCGGGGGCGAUGACACCAAGGAGCAGUUCACCGGCGCCGUCGGAUUCUGUAUCACAGACGAAUUCAUUGAAAAGGAACAAUUCGAGUUCACAAGCUAGAAGGAAAGAUUCUGUGCACAGUCAGACACCGGCAAGAUCGCCAAUGAAAAUGAAUUCUCCAUCACCAAUGCCACAGGCUAGAACAAUGUCCAACGUUACAAGGCCGGUGCUGCAGAACUCUCAAGAAUUAGAUGGUGAAGAGAUAGAAGAAACUGAAGGAUCAGGCACUAUGGUCGCCAGUGAUGAUGGAGGACCUUCCUUAAGCAAGGAGGAACAAGAGAGAAUAAAAGCAGAGAAAGAAGAGGAAGAGCAUAAGAAGAAUCUUCAGAUGUACGUGUUUAUUGCAAGAUGCGUAGCAUAUCCAUUCAAUGGACAGCAGACUGGUGAUAUGGCACGACGACAAAUGAAAGUGAACAAACCGGAACUAGCGAGAAUUCGAGAACGAUUUGCACAGUUUUUGAGAGGAGAAACCAAUAUUGCGGCUGAUGAGGCAUUCACAAAAGCAAUUCAGAGUUAUACGGAAGUGUUUCUUAAAUCAGAACGAGUGCAAAAAGUAGUGCAUGCCGGUGGAUUUUCUCAGCACGAUUUUCGAGAAGUUUUCCGGUUGAUUAUCGAAAAAAGGGUUAGGAGUCUACCGGAUAUUGAAGGUCUAUCAAAGGAUACAGUACUAAACUCGUGGUUAGCAAAAUUCGAUGCGAUUAUCAAAGGAGAUGAAACGGAUCAGAAUAGAAAUGCAAGAGGACGUUCACGAAAUCCGAACAGUGCAAUGUCGGCAGACGCAGUUCUUGGAAAAGAGCAACUCUACGAUGUGUUCCAGCAGAUUCUAGGGGUUAAAAAAUUCGAACAUCAAAUAAUUUUCAAUUCUCUUCAACUGGAUAAUCCAGAUGAACAAGCAGCAGCUAUCCGAAGAGAGUUUGCAACUAGGGAAGAGGCGUUGAAAGAUCCGAUGAAGAUGAAAAGAUUAACACCAAAGUUUGUUGUAAAAGACAUGGAGACGUUGUAUAUGGAUGAAGUUCGAAUGUCAAUCAACACUUUGAUCGGAAAUCUAGAAACAGUUCCAGUGACGACACGAGGACAAACUGUAGGCAAACGGAAAGAUAAGAGUCGAUCCCGCAGUAUUGAGGAUUUGUCGCUCUUCAACAGCUUGAAACGAAGAACAAGUUCUGGAAGUUUGAACAAAGGAGACAGUGAUGAUGGAGAUGUGACACUGACGAAAUCAGAUGUAUCGCUUGCAUUGAGCAUGGAGGUUGUGGUUAUGGAAGUCCAAGGUCUAAAAUCCAUCCAACCAAACAAAAUAGUAUAUUGUGUCAUGGACGUAGAUGGGCAUAAACUCGCAACAGAUCAUGCUGAAGCAUCAAAACCAAAAUGGGAUACACAAGGAGACUUCACCACAAAAACUCCAUUGCCAACAGUCAAAGUGAAACUAUAUACAGAAGUCAAAAGUCUAGUAUCAUUUGAUGAUAAAGAAUUAGGAAAAAUUAUGAUCACACCAACCCCAAACUGCUCAAGGAAUCCCGAAUGGUACACAAUGACACUUCCGAAGAAUAGUCAAGAUUCUAGCCUCAAGAUUAGAAUAGCGAUUCGAAUUGAGAAACCACCGAAUCUCAAAUACAGUGGGCAUUGUUGGUGUAUCGGGAGAAACUCUUGGAAGAAAUGGAAGAAGAGAUUUUUCUGUUUGGUGCAAGUUUCACAGUACGCAUUUGCUGUGUGUAGUUUUCGAGAGAAGAAAGCAGAUCCGACGGAAUUUAUUCAAUUGGAUGGAUUCACGAUCGAUUACAUGCCAGAAUCAGAUCCAGAACUGUCUGCACAAGGUGGGAAGCACUUCUUCACUGCCAUCAAAGAAGGAGAUGAACUCAAGUUUGCCACGGAUGAUGAAAACGAAAGACAUCUUUGGGUUCAAGCGCUUUAUCGGGCUACAGGACAAGCAUAUAAACCAGUACCGCCAAAACAGUCAACGAUUGCUCCAAAGGCUCAAGGAUUCCAAGAUAAAGCAAGCAAACAUGGGAUGGAUGCUUUGAUUCAAGCAGAUUCUAUAAACUUUGAUCAUGAUCAUCUUUAUUCGGAUAUUCAGAGACUUACUUUAGAUUUCCGAAUCAACGAACCAAUUUGUUCUCUGGGAUGGUUCUCUCCUGGUCAAGCGUUUGUUUUGGAAGAAUACUCUGCUCGUUACAUGGUUCGUGGAUGCUUCCGACACGUCACUCUUCUCUCGAACCUUCUGGAUAAAGCUGACGAUGGAUUAUUGAUUGAUCCUGCUCUCAUUCACUAUUCCUUUGCAUUCUGUGCAUCUCAUGUACAUGGAAAUAGAUGUAUGCCAGAUAGACAAGGACCAGAAGGCGUUGGAACUGUGACUUUAGAAGAGAAGGAGAAGUUCCAGGAGAUUAAAGAGAGAUUGAGAGUCCUUUUGGAGAAACAGAUCACUAACUUCCGAUACUGUUUCCCAUUCGGAAGACCGGAAGGUGCUUUGAAAGGGACGUUGGGUCUUCUGGAGAGAGUUUUGAUGAAGGAUGUCGUAUCGCCAGUUCCACCAGAAGAAGUCAGAGCAGUUAUUCGGAAAUGUUUAGAAGAUGCUGCCCUCGUCAACUAUACCAGGAUCUGCAAUGAAGCUAAAAUUGAACAACGAAUGGGAAAUGAUGUGUCUCCAGCUCAACGUAUAGAAGAUAUGAUUCGUGUGACGGAAUUCUGCAUAGAUCUGCUGAAGGAGAAUGAGGAACAUCAUGGAGAGGCGUUCUCAUGGUUCUCGGAUCUUCUUUCGGAUCAUUCGGAAAUUUUUUGGUCUCUCUAUUCUGUAGAUUUGGAUUCAGCAUUGGAAGUUCAACCACAUGAUAGCUGGGAUUCCUUCCCUCUGUUCCAAAUGCUCAAUGAUUUCUUGUUAUCAGAGCCAAAUCUCAAAGGAGGAAUCUUCCAUAAUAAAUUGGUUCAACAAUUCCAACCACUUGUUGUACGGUACAUUGAUUUGAUGGAACACUCAAUUGCUCAGGCAAUUGAUAAAGGAUUUUUAAAGGAGAAGUGGGAGUCUAGGAAAGAAGGAUGUGCAACAUCUGAAGACAUUUACUGGAAAAUGGAUGCGCUUCACACUUUUGUGAUUGAUCUCAAUUGGCCAGAAGAGGACUUCAGAAAGUAUUUGCAGACCAAAAUGAAAACUCUUACCUCUGACUUGAUCUCGAAAGUUUCUGAUUGCACAUUCACUGCCUUCGACAGUUGGAUGCAAAAAGCAAAGAAAUCAACUGAUUACAUGCUUCCAUCGGAAGUUUGUGUUCAAAUCAAUGUGAUGUUCAGUUCGAAAAGUCGUGCAGUUCGAGUGACUGUUGAUUCUGGAGAGUACAAAUAUCAAUCAAAACUCGAUGAGACUCUUGAGACAAUGCUCAAAACCAUGGAAUCUUGUAUUCAAGAGAAACUUCUCGGUGUUCUCGAAUCAGUACUCUCUCGUCUUGCACGAUAUGACGAAGGAAAUCCGAUUGGAGCAAUUUUGAAUAUUGCUCCAAAGCCUGCAUCGAUUUUCAACAAAUUGAAGACAAUGGCAGGUGACACUUCGGUUCAGUCAAGCAGUUCAACGAGACAACCACUGACUGCUCAACAAUCAUCCGGACAAAUUGGAAACUCGUAUGUGACAUUUUUCCAUGGGUGUACAGAACUUUUACGACAAGUUAUCAUUGAUGAAAUCUGGGUCAAUGGACUAUUUGAACACUGGUACGACAAUCAAAUGAAAGCAAUUAACGAUUGGCUGACUGAACGUCUUCAACAGUCUUUAAGUGCAACCCAGUUCAUUUCUCUUUCCAAUAUUGUGAAAAAGGUCUAUCAAGAUUUCGCAAUGCAAGGAAUUGAUGAAGAAAGACUCAACAGUAAAACAUAUCAAUCCAUCAGUCGACGACUACAACUUGAAGAAUCGAACUCGCACAUUCAAGAAGGUAUACGACGGCUAAAAACCUAA